AGUCUAAGUUUGAUUCUCUCCGGGAAAGAGAGAGUGAGAUCGUUUGAAUUCUUCCGAUGGAGGAGCAGAUCGGUGGGAGCGAGGAUCGAUGGAAGGGAUCGUUACAGAACAUAACGGAGAUGGCUUCGAAUCUCGAUGCUCUACAGAAGCUUCUCCUCAAGAAAGCAGUCUUCGUGGAAGAAGACACUUUCGCUAGAGCUUCUCUCAUCUCCGAACAAUCUCGAACAAUCAAGGUUCUUGACCAAAGGGUACAAACACUAGAAAGAGAACUAGAUGCUGCCAUUACAGCUGCUGCUCAUGCUCGCUCAGAGAAACGCCAAGCUGAGUCCUCCCAGAAAGCUGCUGAAUCACGUGCCCAAGAGGUCACAAAAGAGCUCGAAAACACCACAAGCCUGGGCGUUCGGUUUUCGGUUCGGUUCCGGUUCGGUUUUUUCGGUUUUCGGUUUUUCGGUUCUAGAAAUAUAGGAACCGUUCGGUUAUAUAUGAAAUUCGGUUCGGAUCCGGUUCGGUUCUUUUCGGUUUCGGUUCGGUUCGGAUAAUAAUUAUAAGAACCGACUAAUACUUUAUAAAUUUUUGGUUCUAAUUCGGUUACAGAUUAGUUCCAGUUUUUCUGUUAAUUUUGGAUGAUUCAUGGUUAAAAACAGACUUCUGAGAAGUUUUCAGAUAUAAAUCAGGUAAUUCAUAUAAAUUUUAAUAUUUUCGAUAAAAAUAUUCGGAAAAUUUAAUUUUUAGGAUAAGUUGGAUAACUUGAAAUAACAAAAAAAAAAUUUUCUAUAUAUUUUGGGAUAAAUUGGUGUAUAAUGUUUAGAAUAUUUGGUAUUUUAGUACUAAAUAUAACUAAUAUUUUAGGUAUAUAAAUUGUAUUUCGGAUGUUCGGGUACCCAUUCGGUUCUCGGUUCGGUACCGGUUCGGUUUCGGUUUUUCGGUUAUAGAAAUAUAGGAACCGUUCGGUUAUUUUAAACUUUGGUUCGGUUUCGGAUUCGGUUUUUUCGGUUCGGUUUCGGUUCGGUUUUCGGUUUUCGGUUUUUAUGCCCAGGCCUAGUAACUAUUGUUG